CGUUGCCACGGCCAUGGUCUUCCUAACGAAAGAAGACAUCAAGAUCUGCUACAGCCUCUUCUGCUGCGUCUAUGGCAUCGGCACGCUGGGCAUGCCAGCCAACUAUGCGCGCGCGGGCCCGGCGUGGGCGACCGUCGCGCUCGUCUUCAUGGCGAUCGCCAACAUUUACGCGUCCGUGUGCAUGAGCAAGGUGCUUUUGCAAGCGCCGAAAAACGUCAAGACCUUUGGCGACAUGGGCGAGUGGUGCAUGGGUAGCUUUGGCCGCUGGGCCGCCGUCAUCUCGCACCUCCUCGUGUGCGUCAUGAUCCCCAUGGUGUUCCUCGUCCUCGGUGGCAUCCUCCUCUCGAUCCUCUUCCCCAACUCGUACGGUCAAGACGUGUGGAUCUGCCUCAUGGGCCUCAGCCUCUUGCCCGUCUGUCUCAUCCCAACGCUCAAAGAAGGCGCGGCCGCCGCAGCCGCCGGCGCUAUCGGCACGCUCGCCGCCGAUGGGAUUGCGCUGUACCUACUCGUCGACAACUUGACGCCCAAGACCGCGACCACGUUCUCGCCGGAUGUCACGUUUGAAGGCGUCGCCUCUGUCUUUGGCAACCUCUCGCUCGCGUACGGUGCCGGCAUUGUCAUUCCGGCGCUCCAGCGUGAGCACACGGACCCGGCGCGCAUGCCCCGGUGCAUCAUCGUGACGCUCUCGAUCAUCUCGGUGCUCUUCCUCGUCAUCUCCGUCACGGGGUAUGCCAUGACGGGGUGCCAGAUUCCUGGCAACCUCCUCUUCGCCAUCGCGGGCACAUCGCUCGGCUUCAACGCGUCGCGCGGCGGCAUCGUCCUCGCCUUCCUCUUCAUGCAGAUGCACAUUACGAUCGCGUUUGGCAUUAUCUUCUUCCCUGCGUUCUUCACGGCCGAGCGCCUCGUCCUCGGUCUGCACAAGGAGUCGUUUGCGCUCAACGACCACGCGUUCAGCACGGUCGAGACACCGGAGCUGCAAAGCGACAAGAACCAGACGUCGGUGCGCGCGGCCAUGAUGAGCCAGCGCGACGAAGACCUCGCGCAGAUCCAAGACGACUACAAGCGCAAGAACGCUUAUGUGCGCGUCGCGGUUCUGCGCACGGUCAUGGUGGUCCUUGCGGUGAUUGCGUCCGUGCUUUUGAAGGACAGAUUCAUCGACCUCCAGAGCUUUGUUGGUGCGUCGUCGACGGCGCUCUGCUGCAUGAUUCUGCCGCUCGUCUUUUACGUCAAGACGUUCCAUACAACACUGCCGCUCUAUGAGAAGAUCUUUGCGAUCCUUAUCGCGCUCAUCUCGAGCUUCCUUGCGAUCUACGUCUCGAUCGACACGGGCAAGCUGGUCUUCAACCCGAGCAGCGCGAGUGCCAACCCACCCGUGUUCCCCUACUGCGCGGCCGAGCACGCGUUCGUGGUCUACACCAACAUGACGCACUACAAGGGCAAAUAAAACAAUUUGAUAAUAAAUACUGAUAUAUAUCAGCUAGCGAUA